AUGUCCUGCCUGGCCCGCACCCCCUGGACCCGGGGGCCUCCCAUACCACCCACUCGCCUCUGCAUGGGCUCCAAGGCCCCUGCCUGGCCACCCAGAGCCACCCGCCCGCGCUGCCCAAUCCACCUGCCCCGCCGGCAGCGCCCUCAAAACGCCGCGCGCCCUCCUCCCCUCCCACCGCCGCUCGACCUGGGGACCCGCUCCGUCCUCAGCACCUCAGCACGCCGGCCUCCCGCGCUCCGGGCUCCCGGCUGCACGGGCCUGGCCACCGGGGUCCUGGAGACGCGCAAAAGGUUGGCCUGCUGCGUUGGCCGGGAAUCGAACCCGGGUCAACUGCUUGGAAGGCAGCUAUGCUCACCACUAUACCACCAACGCUGCACAGCCCGGGCCGCCCCCAGGACGCCCGCCCAGGGUUCGGGCCCCGGCGCCUGCACCCUCUCUGGUCACCGCCUCUGGCCACCGCCUCCACCGCCCAGCACGCCUUGGCCCUGCCCCGACGACCCGCCCAUCCACAGCGCGGCGCUGCUGCACGGGCCCAGCAGCGGCCGCCCGCCGUCCCACCCGCGCCAGCCCCACGCGGCUGGGCCGCUCCGUGGGGCCCGCCCGCCUGCCAACCGCCUCUGGGAGGCGCUGGCGCCGCCCGGCCUCUCCUGGUCCCACCGCCGCCCCCCCACCCCCCUUUUGCCGGCCGGGAAACCCGGCCUCCGAGAUCCGCGUCCCUCCGGCCACGCGCUCCCCCUGGGCCUUCUCCACAGAGUGCUGGCGAAGGCCACAUCCCCGCGCCCACGGACGGCCCGACACACCCGCGGCCCACCCGUCCCCCGCGCCCCGCCUCGCCUCGCCUCGCCGUGUCCCGUCCCGUCCCGUCCCCCCUCCAUCCGUCCCAAGCCCCCGCCCCAGCCGGACCGGCAGCGUCGAAUCACCGGGAGCCCCGGGCACCACGGAAGGCCCUGGCUGGGCUGUGGCGAGCCCGCAGGCGCGCGGCCCCGACGCCGAGGAAGGCAAAAGGGUGGCGGUGGUGGGACGCCGGCCAACCUUUUGCGCGUCUCCAGGACCCCGGUGGCCAGGCCCCGUGGCAGCCGGGAGCCCGGAGCGCGGGAGGCUGGCGUGCUGAGGUGGGCUGGGACGUCCGCGCUCCUCUUCGGAGCGUCCUCUUCGGCCACCACCCCAGAGGCCGCCACCGCCUCCGUCCCCACGGAGGGGCCACCAACAGACGCCCGGACGGCCGACCACCACAGGGGCUUGGACUCUCCCGCGGCACCGGGGCCGCCCGUGACGAGCGACCCCUUGCAGCUGCAUCCUGAGGCCCGGGGCGGGAACGGAGCGGAGCUGGAGGACCCCGGCCGGCGUCCCGAGGCGCGGCUGGCGCGGCUGGGGGAGACGGCGCGGCCCGCGGUUCCGGAGCCCCGGGCGGCCCUCGGCGGCUCCCCCUCCCGCAGCGGCCCCGGCUCCCCCUCCCGCAGCGGCCGCGCAGCCCCAGCUCGCGCGGGGCCGGAGCUUCUCGGCGGGGGCGCGUCGGUCCCGCCCGCGGCCGCCCAGCGGCAAGGCGGCUUUGCAGGCAGCGGCUGCCGGCCGGUUUCCGUAGUGUAG